UGAAAUGGCACAAUAUUCCAGGGGGUAUCACAGACUCAAAGCGGCCUCAUCAUGUUUAGGUUGUGUUUAUUAACAACACGUGGGUUUUUAACUGGGAAAGAUGUAUAUAAUUAUUUCACUUAUCACAUCUUUCCAGUGUGGGACCCCUUCCUUCAGCGCCGCUCAAAUACAUUCUUGCUAUUUGGGGACAAAAUAGCUCAUGUUUUUAUUAAAGCUAAAGCAUUUUUUUUCUCUAGCGCGAAUUAACAUUUUUCCAUAUGGAAAGUUUGGAAAACUCAGAUUGCGUUGGGAAGGCAGGAAAUUCUCAUUGGAAGGGUUUACCCUUUUCAUUCUCUCGCCUUGCCUUUCAACAUCUGGAAAAUAUUGUUCGCAGAGCUGGCUGGGCUUGGAGUUCGAAGCCUGCAUGACGAGCGCUGGCUGUCUUCUGCAAGAAAGGGCUCAGUGCAGACCUUUUAAAGCAGGUGGUGCGUUUUAUUCACUUCCUGCAGCCAAUAGAGGGGACGAAUUUGGAGCUCUGCUACAAACUCCAUCAUUUUGCCUCGAAAAUAAACCUGGAACUCGAUUCAGGACACUUCAAAACUGCUGUUUUUCGCAGUUCGGAAUUAAAUCACUUCUUUUGUUUGUAUUGUCAGUUUUUUCGGUCUGGUACAUUGCACAUAUCUGAAAUAGCCAACAUCAAACACCUAACAAGCACAGUGGACGCAAGAUUGAUGCCCUCACGGAUCUGUGCAGACACAUGGGAGGCAGUUAAUAAAUCAUCGUUGAGCGAUCCAGCGACUUUAGGAAUCUGAACCUUUGGAAGCUUGAUCUUGCAUUGUAUUCACUAAAGAAGGUUUUGCUUGUGUCCCGGAGUACGUACAACUGUAAUAAUUCAAGUGAUAAUGGCAUAUAUUCCUUGGAGUCGUGAAGUGCAGCUGCUUUGUCUUCUUGCAUGCAAUGUUUUGAUGGUGCAGUGUGAAACUGAAGAAGACAACGAAUUCUAUGAGAACCAUUUUGUACAGUCCAGGCCUCGUAACAAAGUCAGUGUUUGUCCUAAAAGCUGCAGUUGCACUCAGGAGGGAGUUGUGGACUGUGGAGGAGUGGACCUACAAUAUUUUCCCGAUUCCUUACCAGAGAAUACACAUUACUUGUCCUUGCAGAAUAAUCGGAUUAGCAAGAUCCCAAAGGAAGUACUUUUACGUCUUCCAAAGCUGGAAACUCUUAAUUUGCAGAACAACAAUCUGACUUCUAAUGGUCUACCAGAGGAAGCAUUCACAUCACUGACACAUCUCAAUUAUUUGUAUCUUGCAAAUAAUAAGCUAACUAUAGCUCCAAAAUACCUACCCAGUACUUUGGUGAGUGCAGAUUUUGCAGCAAAUAAUCUUGCAAAGGUCUAUCCUCUUACAUUUGGACAAAAGCCAAAUCUAAGAUCAGUUUAUCUUCACAACAAUAAGCUAACAGAUGCAGGUUUGCCUGAUCCGAUGUUUAAUGGCUCAGACAGUGUUGAAAUCUUAAUAUUGUCAAGCAAUUUCCUGAAAUAUGUGCCUAAAAAUCUACCUUCUGCACUAAAUAAACUGCAUUUAAAGAGCAACAAGCUUCAAAAGAUUCCUACGGGAGCCUUCACUAACCUACAUGAUCUUCGAGAGCUAUAUCUUCAGAACAACUACAUCACCAAUGAAGGAAUAGAUGAUGAAACCUUUACGAAACUGUCUAGUAUGGAAUACUUGGAUUUGUCUAGCAAUAACCUCACACAAAUCCCUGCUGGUCUGCCUCGGAAUAUUGUAAUUUUGCAUCUGGAAAAAAAUGCAAUAAAAUCUAUUCCUAAGGGAGUCUUAACCCAGAUUAGAAACCUUGAAUAUUUACUACUUCAAAACAACAAAAUAAAGGCUAAAGAUAUUCACCCUUUAUCUUUUCUUGGGCUAAAGAAAUUGCACACUGUUCACUUGUAUAACAAUAUGUUAGAAAGAAUUCCCAGUGGACUACCACGGAGGGCGAAGACACUAAUGCUUCUACAUAACCAGAUCACAGAAAUUGCCCGUGAUGACUUUAGCACAACCUAUGUACUGAUGGAGCUCAAUCUGAGUUACAAUAAAAUCACAAGCCACAAAAUCCAUAAAGAGGCCUUCCGCAAACUAAGAAUGCUAGAAUCUUUAGAUCUUUCAGGAAACAAUUUAGACAGAAUACCAGGAGGACUUCCACAGAAUCUGCAAAUCUUAAAACUGAAGGAAAAUGACAUCAGCAUAAUUCCUCCAGGCAGUCUAUCAAAACUAACAAAACUGAAAGAACUAUAUCUGAGCAACAACAAACUAAAACAGAGGUCAUUUCAUCCUGGAACAUGGAAGGACCUCAGGAGCCUGCAGACACUAGAUCUUGCAGGAAAUCAAUUAACUGACAUCCCAAGAGAUCUGCCAGAGUCUUUGGAAUAUCUUUACCUUCAGAACAAUAUGAUUGCAGCCAUCUCUGAAAAUGAACUUGACUCAGUACCUAACCUAAAGGGGAUUUUCCUCAGAUUUAAUAGGCUGACUCGUGCCAGAAUUAGGCAAAGUAUCUAUGAGAAGUUGAAACAGUUGCAAGUGCUGGAUGUUGAAGGAACUGUAGAUGACAAUGAGGGAAAGAAUGAUAAUGUUGAAGAAGAACUAGAAGAAGAGGAGGAGGAGAUGGAAGAAGAAGAGGAGGAGGAAGAAGAAGAGUAUUAUACUACAUCAUAAUAAAAGUAAAGGGACCCAUAUUUUGGAAGCAGAUGAAAGCAAAGUAGAACUGGAUAUAUUACGCAAUCACCUACCCCAUGCAACCUAAUUUUCAGCCACACCUGAUGAAGAUGAUACUCAUUAGAGUACUUUACAAUUUCAAAGACUCUAGAAAGCCUUCCAAAGCUCCCAGUCUUUUUAAAUGAAACAGUCAUGCUACCCAUCUUUCAGUAAUCACCAGAAACUAGUAUUUCUACAAUAAUUUAUGUGAUUGCAGUCUACACAGCUUGCUACCAAUGUAUGAAAGUCAUCUUGCUUUGAAUGUCUUUAUAUGUUAAUAAUCAGAUUCAUUAGCAUGACUGGUAAUGUCAGUGGUAAUGCCAGCAGGUGCUGGUCAUUAUUCAUAAGACAGUAAGGAGCCUAGUGCUUCUGAUACGGAAAGGCUUGAAAGACACAGAAGUUAAACUUACGCAGCAUUUCAUAUUUGAAAAAAAGAAAACAUUGACCCCAACACUGCUUUCCAUUGCAUUAAUUCUUCUCAAAGGAAAACAGCUUAUUGUUUAAAAAGAGAGAGAGAGAGAGAGAGAGAGAGAGAGUAAGUAUUUUACGAAAGAAGCAUGUUUUCUUAAAGUUUAAAAACAGAUAAUUUACCAGCUAUAGUAUGAAUCAUGUGGACAGAAUGUGAGCCAUAUAAUUAUAUAACAAGUCAUGUGUUUAGUAAUAGGUGAAUCCAUUUCAUCCCCAUUAAUAUGUUGUACUGACUGUACACCUGUGUAUAUAUAUAU